GCCAAGCACAUGCAACGAACGGUUUGCCGGCACUUUCGUAUGGAAACAUAACCUACAUGUUUUUGCACGUUCUUACAAGCGUAAGAAAAAGGGAUCACAGUCGAGUAUUCUGCAGGACAGCUCAAACUAAACGCUCAUAAGUUCGCUUUUGCUUCUUAAUGCAACACUUCGAAGAGAGAACCUCGUAAUGGAUCGCUCGAGUAUAAAUAACUCGUUUGGCAAGAAUUUGACAUCUCCGCGGAAACGCAUGUCAAUAGUGCAGUCUUUAAAGAAAAAUAACUCAACGAUAAGUGUGUCUGGCCGUUUGAAUCAAUCCGUACAAGUAAUAUGUAAAACACCCAGUCACGUGGUAGAAAGUUUUGGAUCCUCUUUACCAGUUCUCGUCACAGAGGCUUUAACAUUUGUAGAUAGAAAUGUUGCUGUUAGCGUUAAUAUCUCAGCGGAUGGCUGGGUUUGGCUUGUAUGCGGUCGUAGAUUGCUGGUGUGGCAAUAUAAAACAACAAUUCAUGAUCCAAAACAAAGAAGAACCUUUAAAACUCAAUGUAGAGAGUUGUUAUUGCCUCAAAGCGAUUUAGCUCAUAAAGCAGACUGCAUAGCUGGGUGGUUGCCUCUAGGUCAACAGGUACCUAGUUGCAUGGCUGUUUCUCCUGAAGGUAUUGUACGAUUUUGGGCCAAUGUUGCGCACGAAGAAUCAUAUGUGGAAACAAGUGCAGAACUGGCUGGACAAGAGGUCAAUUGCCUUACUUAUAUUCCUGGUCAUGGUUGUAUUUUAGCUACAACCACAUGUACAAUAGCGCUGUUGCAACCGCAGUUUGCUAAUGGCAAAAACAGCAUUUCGUGUCAGGUUCUCAGGACGAGUCAGGGAUGGCUAGGUGGUAUAGGACGCAGAAUGACCUCUCUUAUUUUCGGAGCUAUGCCUCAGUCUCCUGUUAUAGAAACUAAAUUGGUAAAAGUUACCUGCACGGAUUUGGGAGACAAGGGAUCAAGAAUUCUUAUUUUAGCUGGUACAUCUAUACAGUAUUGGUCUUUUCCUCGUAACGAACAGGAAAAAAUGGAGUUCGACGAAGAUAUCGGGCAUAUCGUUUCGCAAACAUUUCAAAGAAAAAUUUUGGAAUUAGGCACGUGUGAUCCACAAAAUAUGAAUGUAUGGUUAAUCGACAUGCAACCGUGUGACGAAGGCAUAGUAAUUUUAAUGGCAGCAAAGUCUACUGGCGUAUUCACUCAAGUUCACUUUGCUCUUGGUCUAAUGCAGCUGUCUUCCACGACGUUAGCAAAUACAUUUAAAUGGUUUAUACCAAUUAAAUUGGAUCUUAUCAUAUUCAGUGGUUGCCCUGAAUCAAGUUUAGUUCCUUAUCGGUUUAUAUUAUGCGGUUGGGAAGCUAUUAUAUACAACGAGUCUUUGGUGCUCGUUGUAAAUUGUAUGUCUGAACAUGAACGAGAUGAAAUACAGUUCGUACGAAAAGGGGAUAGUAUUCUUGGCGGUGCCUUAUGUUCGGGAACUCCGGUUUUAUUUACCAAAAACUUUGGAUUGGUUUCUAUUAUACCGACGGAUUUCCCAUCGCAAGAUUUUAAUAUAAAUUAUGCUGAUACAAGCACAGAUUGUACUUAUCGACCCAAUACACACGUUUUUACUAGUCUGAUAAGCAACGAAGAAGUUCAAAAUAUGUUCUACAGCUCUGAUGGAGCCACGCAAUUGCGUGCUGCGUUUCUCCUUAGUUUACGUCAAAACAAGACACAGUGCGAAGAAAUUUUAUCGCAACUCUUCCCUUUACAAGAAGUGCCAGUGAUGGAUAUAGACGCUAGCAUCGACACUUUAGCAUUGAAAGUAGCUCAAGACUUGAUAGACGAUUACCCGGCGAACGAUCCGCGUUGGUCGAAUCACAGGGAUCUGUCUAUGACAAUAAACGCAGUCACUUCGAUGCAAAUACCUAAUCAAUUGGAGGGAAAACAGAAAGCGUUAGAUUUAUAUAUAUUAUUUCUAAAGGAACAUGAAUUAUGGAAUCGAUUUGGCGCUGUUACAUAUAGAGGGAUCAUCGCGUCUACCCCGCACGUCCUUAGAGAAUAUGCAGAAAAAAUAGUCGCGGCGUUAACUAUAUACAGUCUUCAAAAUAGAUAUUCAGACAUCGUGGACACCGUGAUAGAACAAACGUUGAGUCCCGAAUCAUACGUGUCUGACGAAUUAACAGCGCGUGAUAUAUUUUAUCGCAAAGUGAGCAAGGUGCACAAUUUUCUUCCUGUCCUGGUAAGCAAUGCGCGUGAAGUGACUCAAUCUGAAAGACCUAUUCAACAUGUGGCGCAUUAUAUCAUGCAAGUGAACGCUAUCUUAUUGAGUGUACUACACGAGGUACUUAAAUACCGUCAACACAAUGCCGAACGAUUCAUCCCUGCAAGAGAUUUGACCGAUAUAACGGAAUAUUUUCCCUGGACGACAGCAAUUGGUAAAAGCGGGCUUGGAAAUUGUCUUACCACGAUGUAUAAUUUAACACUUAAACACGGCGUGACGGGGACCAACGAUUCGGCAGUGAGAAACGACCUAUACGAGCAAUUAGUAGGUUUGAUAGAUUUAAUACUAGACGGUCGAAAGGAUCAAUUAGAAAGUGUACGAGGUACAGACAUGUUCGAGAUAUACACGAAGGAAUAUGAAACGUAUCGUACGAACUUGAUUCAACCUCUAAUAAAGGAAGAGCAGUAUGAUAGCGCGGCAAUGCUAGCCGAAAAGUACUGCGACUUCGCGUCUCUUAUACAGAUAUGUGAACUGACUAACAAUAAAAAUCGGUUAGACGGUUAUAUAGGAAAAUUCUCAAAUCACGACUUCGUAGGAUACUUAUUUUCGUGGUAUGUAAAGGACGGUCGUCAAGGUCAAUUAGUGGAAAAAUGCCGACGCGGAGGUACCACCGAAUUGACAGAAAAAUUAGCAGAACAUCCCACCUUAUCUUGGGUUCAAGCUGCGCUUACGGAUAACUUAUCGUCCGCUGCCAUCACACUUCACUCUUUAGCUAUUCAAGAAAGCGAAUUGGUAACACGCAAAAAGUCGAUGCUUUCCUUAGCAAAACUUGCACUUCUUGCUUCGGACGAUUCUCACGAAGACUUUGUAAGUAGAAUCGACAACGAAUUGGCGUUGAUUGCUCAUCAAGAAGAUUUACCAACACAAGUACUCACAACCUACGGUUACGAUGUGGAGAAAUUACGAGUUUUCACGCCAACAGAAUUAAUCACGUUGUAUACGUCCGAAGACAACGUUGACGCGAAUGAGUACGAUUUCAAAAAGGCUCUCGAUUUGCUGGAUUACGUGGAAGAAGAAGACGAGAAAGCAUCUUUGAAGUUACGCAUUUGGGCGCGGGCUGCUAAACGCGACGAUUGGGAGAACAUAGGAAAAAAUCCUGAGCAGCAAGUACAAGAAACGAUAUUCUUUAAGUUAAUGGACCUCGCACACUUUAUGGGUGAUUCGAUGUAUGAAUCUCUUCCACCAGUCGAUAUGUUGUUGACGGAACCUGAGCUAGGAAGCCUUGCUGAAUCGAGUAACUUUCAAUUCCUGAUAAAGUUCGUCUACGAAUACGCGUAUGACAAUUAUUAAUCCACUCGUUCUGUUGUAAGUAAUAAUAAAAUUUGUAUUUUUUUAUAUAUAAUAAAAUGUUGCCAUGUA